AUGACCCUCACCCUCCUCCCAAUUCUCUUCCUUUUCUUCUUCCAACUCUCAUCACCCCAAUCCCUACCUUCAAACACCACUGGCUAUGCCUGCAACUCUAACCAAACCGCACCCUCUUGCCAAACCUAUGUCUUCUUUCAAGCCAUGGGUCCGAACCAACUCGACCUAGCCUCCAUCGGUGACCUCUUCAAUGUGAGCCGGCCGACGAUUGCCAAACCCAGCAACUUAACCUCCCUAACUUCACCUCUUUCCCCUAACCAACCCCUCUUUAUCCCAGUCACUUGUUCAUGCAACUCAGUUAACACCACUACGAACCUCUCUUAUGCUAAACUCAACUACACCAUCCAAGCAGGUGACACCUUUUAUAUUGUUUCUACUGCCCUCUUUCACAACCUCACAACCUACCAAGCUGUGGAAAUUGUCAAUCCUACCCUUGUCCCUACGAACCUCACCAUAGGUGAAGAUGUCAUCUUUCCGAUCUUUUGCAAGUGCCCAACAGAUACCCAACUCCAGAAUCAAGUCAGGUAUCUGAUUUCUUAUGUUUUUCAACCAUCUGACACCAUAGCUGCAAUUGCUUCAAGAUUUGGGGUGACAGUAAAUUCGAUAGUUGAAGCAAAUGGCGAUGGGAUUCGGCCUUCCGAGACUGUUUUCGUGCCCGUUUCGCAGCUUCCUGUGCUCACACAGCCGGCUCCGACUGUUAACACUUCGGUUGGCGGAAGGAGUGAUCGAAGAAGAGGGGAGGUUAUCGGAUUGGGAAUUGGAGUAGGGAUUUGUGGAGUUCUGCUGAUCUUGAUGGGUGGUUUGUUGGCCUAUAGAGAAUCUUGGUGGAAGAAGAGGGCAGGGAAAAACAAGUAUGCUGAUGCAGAAAGCAAGAAGCUUGAUAAAGUGGGAGAGUCUCUCAUGGCUGAUGUUUCAGAUUGUUUGGAUAAGUAUGAAGUGUAUAAAAUCCAAGAUUUGAAGGAAGCAACAGAUGGUUUUGAUGAAAGAAGGUUGAUGGGAGGGUCUGUUUAUAAGGGCUGUCUUCAUGGGAAGCAGUAUGCAAUCAAGAAGAUGAAAUGGAAUGCUUGUGAAGAACUCAAGAUCUUGCAAAAGAUAAACCAUGGCAAUUUGGUGAUGUUGGAGGGAUUUUGUAUAGACCCUGAAGAUGCAAAUUGUUAUCUGGUUUACGAGUAUCUCGAAAAUGGAUCUCUUUAUACACAACUGCAUCAAAGUAAGAAGGAGAAGCUGAGUUGGAAAACGAGACUACGAAUCGCCGUUGAUGUAGCUAACGGUCUUCAGUACAUCCAUGAACACACUAGGCCCCGAGUUGUGCACAAGGAUGUCAAGAGUGGCAAUAUUCUCUUGGACGCAAACAUGCGAGCCAAGAUUGCCAAUUUUGGGCUAGCUAAAUCAGGAUGCAAUGCGAUAACAAUGCAUAUUGUUGGAACUCAAGGAUAUAUCGCCCCUGAGUACCUAUCGGAUGGUGUGGUCUCUACGAAAAUGGAUGUUUUCUCUUUCGGGGUUGUUUUGCUUGAGCUCAUUUCCGGGAGGGAGGCAGUUGAUGACAAUGGAAAGGCUUUGUGGGUAGAAGCGUAUGAAAUUUUCAACGGAAUAGAGGACAAAUAUAAAUAUAAGCUGGGAGAUUUUAUGGAUGACGUUCUUUUGAAAGAAUCAUGCUCAAUUGACAGUGUCAUGAAUGUAAUGUCAAUCGCCAUCGCUUGCUUACAUAAGGAUCCUUCAAGAAGACCAAGUACAGUGGACAUUGUCUAUGCGUUGUGUAAGAGUGAUGAUUUGUUCUACGAUCUCUCUGAGGAUGGCCUAUCGCCACGUCAAGUUCUUGCAAGAUAGGUUUAGUUCGAUAAUUUUGAGUACUGGAAGCUUGAGAAACAGAAUCCACUGCUACGCCUUGCGUAAGAAGGAUUAUGUAUUCUCCGAUCUCUCUAAGGAUGACUUAUCAACAUAUAUGCCAAUUUUCUGCAAGAUAGGUUUAUAUAUGUAAAAUAAAACCGGUAAUCGUGGGUGUCUGAGCUAGCUUAUGCAUACUCGACCUGAUCCAUGGGUACCUAAAGAUCAAAGAUAGGAAUAUCUCAAGUGGCUCUGAAACCUACGAGAAAGAGUCACAAUACCUAGCCUUUAUAUCGGUAAAUUUAAGUAAUAAAAGCGUGGUAAACAUAAUGUCGAAUGCUAU